CACAUAAAAGCAAUCCCACUAGCCAAUACCAUUGAAUUUAACAUACCUUACUUCUCUUGUAAACCUUUCUCUUUUCUCUCACCAAGUUUAGCACAUAUCCUUUACCUCCUUAACGACCAAGGAAUUCAUCCUCUACUUAUUAACAAACUUGAGAACAAAAAUAGAGAAGUGAAGUUAAAAAUUCAAGAAAGAGAAAGAUAUGGGAGCUGAUUGGGGACCAGUAAUUGUUGCUGUUGCUUUGUUCAUUGUGUUAUCACCAGGAUUGCUCUUCCAAUUUCCAGCAAGGAUUAGGGUUGUGGAAUUUGGUAACAUGAGCACUAGUGGAAUUUCUAUUUUGAUUCAUGCUAUUAUAUAUUUUUGUAUAUUUACCAUCUUAGUUAUUGCAAUUGGUAUUCAUGUACACUUCAACUAAAUACAAAUUUUCCUUCAAAAAAAUAAAAAAUACUGAAUCCAAAUUUACUUUGUUAGAUAUUAGAAACAUGCCAUAAGUAUGUUUACAUUUUGUUUUUGCUCUUUUUAUGUUUUAAAUUCUCCUUUAUGUUGAUUCAACAAUGAUGUACUAAUGUAUAUUUAUUCUCCAAAGUGAAAAAGGAAAUGUAACUACAUGAUCAAUUAUA